UGAAAACGUUUCAAAAUUUGGGAGAGAGAUAAAGAGAGACGACGGCAAGGCAAGAAGAAAUCAUGUAUGUUGAAUGUUCCCUACCCAGCUUCUCAUAGAGAAAUAGAAUAGAAGAAGAAGAAGAAGAAGAACCAGACCCAUUUUACCCAUUUCUAUAUCUCACUUCACACCUCUGUCAACCCUUUUUUAUAUCUAGUUUCCCACUCUUACUUACAACUUCUCUCUUUCGCCCCCCAAAAUCCCACUUUCUAGAUCUUUCGAAUUCAGGGUCAUACCUUGAUCGGCUAGGUUUACACUUUACGAUGAUGGAAGAGGGCCGAUUGUGUCAGUGGAGCGUAAUUCGAUCCGUCUUGUGCAUCCUUCAAUGGUGGGGAUUCAAUGUCACUGUUAUCAUCAUGAAUAAAUGGAUCUUUCAGAAAUUGGACUUCAAAUUUCCAUUGACGGUAUCAUGUAUACACUUCAUAUGUUCAGCUAUUGGAGCUUUCUUGGUUAUCAUUGUGUUGAAGCUUAAGCCUCUUAUUGUGGUUGACCCUGAAGAUCGAUGGAGAAGGAUCUUUCCGAUGUCAUUUGUAUUUUGCAUUAACAUAGUACUCGGAAAUGUUAGCCUACGCUACAUUCCUGUCUCAUUUAUGCAAACCAUAAAGUCAUUUACUCCUGCAACUACAGUUAUUCUACAAUGGUUAGUAUGGAGGAAGGAAUUUGACUUAAGAAUAUGGGCCUCAUUAAUUCCUAUUGUUGGAGGAAUUCUUCUCACAUCUAUUACCGAGCUAAGUUUCAAUACACUUGGAUUUUGUGCUGCGUUAUUUGGAUGUCUUGCUACUUCUACAAAGACCAUCCUUGCUGAGUCUUUGUUGCAUGGAUACAAAUUUGACAGCAUAAACACGGUGUACUACAUGGCUCCAUUUGCAACAAUGAUUAUGGCUGGACCUGCAUUGCUACUUGAAGGAGCAGGAGUCAUAUUAUGGUUUCAAACCCACACAGAUGUUCUUCCAGCCCUCGUCAUAAUUUUGGGUUCGGGCGUGUUAGCUUUCUGUCUUAACUUCUCUAUCUUUUACGUGAUUCAUUCUACAACUGCCGUGACUUUCAAUGUUGCUGGAAACCUCAAGGUUGCAGUGGCUGUGACAUGUUCGUGGUUGAUAUUUAGAAAUCCGAUAUCUGCUAUGAAUGCAAUUGGAUGUGGGGUGACUCUUAUUGGAUGUACAUUUUAUGGGUAUGUGAGGCAUUUAUUGUCUCUACAGCCACCAGGAACUCCUCGUACCCCACGAACUCCUCGGACGUUGAAAGACUUGAUUCCUCUCGUAAACGAUAAACUAGAUGACAAGGUAUAGUCUGAUGACUUGGAGGGGAGUAAAUGGUGAUAUAAAUAUCAACAAAGAUAUAAAACUAAACCUCUUCUCUAUGUAGUAGUAGUUGUCCAUUUUAUUUGGUAUGAAAUUGAAAAGAUAUACUAAGUUUGAGUAUAUUUACUACCCCCACCUGUUGAAAUUUUCUUAUUUGGGCCAAUUUUAGUUUCAUGUUUAUUUUGGGAUUUUAUUAUAUAGCUGAUAAUGAGAUUUUCAAUUAGUGAAUACAGUGUGGGAGAUUUCCAUAUCCUUUCACUAAUUUAAGGUUGGUUUGUUUGUUUGGUGAUUUAUAACUAUUAUUAGAUUGUUGCCUUGGA